GCCACUGUAUAAUUGUCAAACCCGAAUUUUUGUUUUAUAUUUCGAUUUUUGACAACAUGUGAGGUUGGCAUCCGAAAAGAUGGUUAGAGAAACAGUUUUGACAUAAUUCCCUAUUAUUUUGUGAUACAUAAUUAGUGACUUGCAGGAAUAAGAGAAACAAGCAAAAAAAGAAUCCCUUUUCUGGGUGGGUAUAAGGUUAAGAAGGUUACAAACUACUAGUGUGUAGUUAGGAUGUCAAUAAAAGAUGAAGGGUUUUGUACUUGGUUACAUAACACUGUGGAUAAAUUUAUUAGUUUAUCCAACUGUCAAAGAAAUGAAGCACUUGAUACCUUGAUAAAUGCAUCAGGUGCUGAACAGUUAACACAUUUAGCAGAUGUUCUUCCAUCUCUAAUUUAUAGAGAUUUUCUAGUGCUUUUACCACAAGAAAUCAGAUAUCAUGUAUUGAAGUUUUUGGAUGGAAAAUCAUUAAUUAGAUGUUCGCAAGUCUCACCAAAAUGGAAUCACAUCAUAAACAGUGCAUCCAAGGUGUGGUGGGAGAAGAUGCUCGCAAUUGGAUCUGUAGAUAUUUUGUAUUGUUCAAAGGAUACUUCAAAAUAUAUACAUCUUUACAGACAGAUAACUAGACUAUUUAGAUAUUGUUCUACUAAAAGAUGUAUUGAUACUCGUAAAUUGACUAGCCAUGAGAGUAGAGUCAUGGCUAUCAGUUAUAAAAAUGGGAAAAUUGCAUCAGGUUCAGAUGAUCAUACAGUAAAGAUAUGGGAUGCUCACACAGGAAGAUUAUUACAUUCCAUUAAUACACAUACAGUUUGUGAUCUGUGGUUUGAUGAUAAACAGGUCUAUACUUCUUCUUUUGAUUGUACCAAUGCUUGUUGGAACAUUGCCUCUGGUAGCAUGAGACAUCAACUAGUCGGUCAUACAUCAGCUAUAUUCAGUAUUGAUGUUGCAGAUGAUCAUAGUAUGAUCUUAACCGGAUCAUCUGAUAAGUCUGUUAAACUUUGGUCCCUGGCAGCUUUACAACCUGUGCUAGUCACUACACUACAACACUAUCACCGAGAAUGGGUAACUAAGGUCAAAUUUUUGACCACAAAUGGAGAAACAAACUAUAAAGAGAAUGUUACAUUUGCUAGUGUUGAUAAACAAUCAUGUUUCAUAUGGAGACAAAUAUCCGAAGGGGAGAUAGGCCGAAUUCAUACUUUACAUUCCAAACAGGGAAGCCAGUACACAAAUUUCCUUCAUCAUAAAAGUGAUAGUUUUGCUCUGUGUACCUGGAGUGAUAGUGAAUUAAACACUUAUAUUACAAUAUAUUCAUUCAGUGACGAUAAUAUGAUACAGUUACAGAAUAUCAAACUUGGUCCUAAUAUACCUCUACGUGCCCAGUUACUUGGUGUUGGUAAAAAAUUUGCUGUUUUAACUGGUUCCGCUGAUAUAGAUGCUUUGUAUGUAUAUAACCUAAUUCUAGAAAAAUGUGUUACUAAAAUUCCAAUUCCGCCUUGUAGAUCUACGAGAAAUGGUGCCUCAUUAACCCUCGGUAACAAAGAAUGGUUGAAUGGAUUGGACGGAACUAUACCUACUGGAACAUUGUUUGCUGCCUGCCCACAAAAUGAUAACGUCUGUCUUGUACUCAACUGGAAAUCAUGAGAAGAAGCACUACAUGUUUAUAUUAUAAACUGUCCUUCAACUGAGUGUGUCAGUCCAGGUUUAAAUAGUGCUCAGACAAAUAUUUGAAUAUUUAAAUUCAAAAGAAUAUUGUAGCUCAAACAGAACACUUUCCUAGGUGGAAUACCACUGUUAAAUCACAUUUAAUGGACCUCUAAAUGUGAUGGGCUACUUGUUGCAUAUGAAAAACUCAUUAUCACAAACUAUUCUUUUUGCAGUCAGUGUGUCUAAAAAAUUACACUUCAAAACUUUAUUCCACAAAUAUUAAUGAAACAACAAAAUAUACUAUGCACAAAGAAAAAAGUAUCAAGGCAGCCUUAUUUGAAUAUACUAGUGUUUGAUCAGAUGUUUUAGCUAUUUUAGAUUCUGAGAGGUAUGCAGUUUUUCCUGAAAUGCCUCAAGGAAACACUGAACCAGCAAAGAAAGACAAAAAAAUGAAGUUUAAGUAGAGGAUUUAAUCCGGUUCUGUUGAAAAGGGUAAAACUAAGUCCAAUCAACUAUAGCUGGUACAGGUCAAUAGGAAAUCCUACAGUUUAGCUCAUUUUAUGUUCAAGUUAUCAAAGCAGUGCAAAAAGUCAAUAUCUGGUGAACAAGAGAAAGCGACUCUCAUCCGACCAAUGAAUUUUUCCCAUUACCUCAUGUUCUAAUGAUAAGGUGCUCGGCACCAGGCUUGCCAUGGAGCCUUAUGGUCACGUGAGAAGAGAGGUCUGUAUGCAGGACAGAAUACAUCAAAAUUCUCAUUCCACUUUCACAUACAUUUAUAUGUAUAUUUAUAUGCAUAAUAAUUACUUGCAUAAACAUUCGGCUGUUGCCAUACUUUCCUCUUAGUUGUAUCUUAACGAUAAAUAGUUGCUAAGUCACGUGACUGGUGCAGUAUUUUUGCAGGGGGGGGGGGUCUAGGUUGGAUAAUUGCUUAACUAAUUGGUAAAAAAGAUUCAAUUUGGUGCAUUCUGACGUAUUUCCGGGAGGUAAAUUCCAAAAUUACAGGUCUAAAAUCGCCAAUAAAAUCGCAUAAAAUGUCCUUAAAAUGUUGAGGGGGAAUAAUAAUAAUAAUAAAACAUAAGCGGUGAAUAUGUUAUGUGUCAAAUUUUUUUAAAAAUCUUAUAAAUUCCGCUAGCAUAUUUUUUUAUUUUUUUAAAAUUUGAUAAAAUAAAUGACCAGGUUUUUUUUCUUAUCAACGCUGCCGAUAAAAUUAAAAAGCAAACACAACAAUAUUCAACAUCAACAGGCGA